CCAAGGGCAGAUUACUCUGAUUUGUUGCCAGUCGAAAUGUGAUCAUGCAGAUUAUUUAACAAUAACAUAUCGCAGGCUGAUUAUGGGUCGGUACUCGGAUAGUGAAGAUGAUUUGAAGCGUUACAAGAAGAAAAAGAAGAAACAGUCUCGUUCCCGAUCCAGAUCUGACAGCAGCAGCAGCAGAUAUUCAUCCAAACACAAAAAAUCUAAGAAAUCAAAGUCGAAACACCGCAAGCGUUCACACAGCCGAUCGCGAGAAAGAUUGACCAGGCAAUCUAGGUCGACAAGCAGAGUUCAACGGUCAAGAAGUAGAGACAGGAGGUCAAGGAGUCGAGACAGGGGGUCAAGGAGUCGAGACAGGGGGUCAAGGAGUCGAGACAGGGGGUCAAGGACUCGAGACAGGGGGUCAAGAAGUCGAGAUAGAAUAUCCAGCAGAGAUAGAUAUCGAAGGUCACAGUCACGUAGCAGGGACAAGUAUAGCCACAGCCGAAAAAGGUCACGGUCAGAUUCUCGAAGUCGUUCGUACAGGUCGAGAACAAGAUCGAGAGAAAGAAGCAGAAGGUCAAGGAGUUAUGAUAGAAGGUCAAGAACUCCUGUUCAUAAGCGGAGAUACAAUCAGUCGCCAGCCAGUCCUGCUGUGAAAACUGAGAAGAACCCAGACAGUCUUAGCAGUUUGAUUCCAGGUUUUGAUGAUAUGACUCCAUCAGAACAAGCCACAGCCAGGAUGAGGCUUGCUCUAAAAGCUGCAGCUGCUGCCGAUGAAAAAAUCCUGGGUCACUCCCAGAAUUCCAAACCAUCCGGUUACUCAACCCUCCAAGACAUGACCAAGUUCAGUGAGGCUGUGGAAGAUAUAGAGUCUGCAUCAUUUCAACCCAAGACCUUCAAGUCUGGUCGAUCGGACAAAACAAAGGCUGACGACGACUUCACAACACAUGAAAUGGCUAUAUUCGGGGCAGGGAAAUUUGAGAUACGGACCGAUCCCGCAGACAAGAAGAAUUUCUUUGUGGAACCUGAUAGUUAUGCCCAUCCGAAUCUCUACGUUGAUCCAGAAGAGAAGAUGAACAGAUGGGUUCAGAAGCUGUCCGCCAUGAGGAGGCGCAAGAUUGAAGGAGAAGCAUAUUGAAGUGUUGUGAAGUGGUAUCGGGGACAAAACAAGAAACACUUGAUGGUUAAAUGUUGAAAUUCAAUGAUGGAAUGGAACCAUUUCAUUGCUAAAUGUUGACAUCAAGUGACAUGAUAGCUAAAUGUUGACAUCUAGUAACAUGAAACACUUGAUAGCUAAAUGUCGACAUCCAGUGACAUGAAACAGUUGAUAACUAAAUGUUAACAUCUAGUGACAUGAAGCACUCGAUGGCUAAAUGUUGACAUCCAGUGACAUGAAACACUCGAUGGCUAAAUGUUGACAUCCAGUGACAUGAAACACUCGAUGGCUAAAUGUUGACAUCCAGUGACAUGAAACACUCGAUGGCUAAAUGUUGACAUCCAGUGACAUGAAACACUCGAUAGCUAAAUGUUGACAUCCAGUGACAUGAAACAGUUCAUAGCUAAAUGUUGACAUCCAGUGACAUGAAACACUUAAUGGCUAAAUGUUGACAUCCAGUGACAUGAUAGCUAAAUGUUGACAUCCAGUGACAUGAAACACUUGAUAGCUAAAUGUUGACAUUCAGUGACAUGAAACAGUUGAUAGCUAAAUGUUGACAUCCAGUGACAUGAAACACUUGAUAGCUAAAUGUUGACAUCCAGUCAUAUGAAACACUUGAUGGCUAAAUGUUGACAUCCAGUGACAUGAAACACUUGAUAGCUAAAUGUUGACAUCCAGUGACAUGAAACACUUGAUGGCUAAAUGUUGACAUCCAGUGACAUGAAACACUUGAUAGCUAAAUGUUGACAUCCAGUGACAUGAAACACUUGAUGGCUAAAUGUUGACAUCCAGUGACAUGAAACACUUGAUAGCUAAAUGUUGACAUCCAGUGGCAUGAUAGCUAAAUGUUGACAUCCAGUGACAUGACAGCUAAAUGUUGACAUCCAGUAACAUGAAACACUCUAUGGCUAAAUGUCGACAUCCAGUGACAUGAAACACUUGAUAGCUAAAUGUUGACAUCCAGUGGCAUGAUAGCUAAAUGUUGACAUCCAGUGACAUGAUAGCUAAAUGUUGACAUCUAGUAACAUGAAACACUCGAUGGCUAAAUGUCGACAUCCAGUGACAUGAAACACUUGAUAGCUAAAUGUCGACAUCCAGUGACAUGAAACACUUGAUAGCUAAAUGUUGACAUCCAGUGAAAUGAAACACUUGAUAGCUAAAUGUUGACAUUCAGUGACAUGAAACAUUUAAUGGCUAAAUGUUGAUUUUAAGUGAUGGAAUCCGACUAAUGUGAUUGAUGGAAUCCGACUAAUGUGAUGACUAAAUGUUGUCAUUAGUGGACAUGGAACACUAAAUGUUAAAAUCAAGUGAAAUGAAACAGUUGAUGGCUAAAUGUUGACAUUAUUUAGUUCAUGAAACCCAUAAGUGAGUGGGUUGUGCAUGUUGGAACUAAACUGAAGAAAACGAUGUGAACAGUGGGUAAAUGUUGACUCUUUAGUGAUGGAAAGUAUGACGGAAUAUUUAGUAAGUAAAUGUUGACACUAAAGUAAUAAAGUUUGUUAAUUAAA